UUGUGAUGUGUGUUCACUCCGCCUCUUCGCAGCUGAUGCUCGCGUCCUUUCAAUUUCUAUUCUAAGAGGAAGACUUUAGCAAGAGGGGUCUGCGGGGGUAGCGCAGUUAAAACAUCCAUGGGUGGUUGUGUGGGUAGUCACCAUGAUUCUUCAGGCAGUUUAAACGAAAAUUCUGACGGAACUGGAGUGGCUCUGGGGCGUAACCAGGCCUUGAAGAGAGAGAAGCCCAAAUGGAAGAGUGACUAUCCCAUGACGGACGGCCAGCUGCGCAGUAAGCGGGAUGAGUUCUGGGACACGGCGCCCGCCUUCGAGGGACGCAAGGAGAUCUGGGACGCGCUCAAGGCCGCCGCCCAAGCCUUUGAGAGCAACGACCAUGAAUUGGCCCAGGCCAUCAUCGACGGGGCCAGCAUAACACUGCCACACGGCGCGCUGACGGAGUGCUAUGAUGAGCUGGGGAAUCGCUACCAGCUGCCAGUCUACUGCCUGUCCCCACCCGUCAACAUGAUCGAGGAGAAGAGUGACCUUGAGAGCCUUGAGGUCAGCGAGCCCCCCCCCGGCGAGGGUCAGGAGUGCCAGCUACGCCUGCGUCUGUCCACGGGCCGGGACCUGCGCCUGGCGGUGAGGACCACGGACACGGUGCAGCACAUGAAGAGGCAGCUGCAGGCGGUGGAGGGCGUGUCGGCGGCCACCCAGCGCUGGUUCUUCUCAGGCCGGCCGCUCACAGACAAGAUGAAGCUGGAGGAGCUGAAGAUCUCCAGGGACUACGUGGUGCAGGUGAUCAUCAGCCAGCCGCCCGCCCCCCUGCCCACCCAGGCACCGCCCGUCCUCACCCCAACCACACCCACGUCCAUGCCCGCCACACUGCCCCAGGACCCCACGCCCGUAGAGAACUAGUGCCUGGCACCUGGAGAGGGCACGCAUGCAGGAAAAGACAGACCACCAAGGGAAGACCAGCUUUUGACAAGUGGAGAUUUGGGUGCGGUUGUGAGGCAGACACGUGUCUCAGCAGGUGAAGGAACAGUCCUGGAGAACCGAGCCGAGCUAGGUGGUCAUGUAAAGUGUUUGUUUAGAGUUGUGUGAGGGUUUGUUAAGCUGUGUGCCCUCCCUCUCUCUUCUCCUCUCUCCUCCACGAGACGGGGAGGUGUUUCUGCAAGGCAUGCUGGGAUAGCAGCAGGGGUGUCUCUGUGCCUCAGCCAGAGCAGGAGGACUCCGCCUCCGUGACUGAAGACAACUAACCAGGAGCAGCAAGAGACUCCACCACAGGACAGGAACGCCUGCUAACCUGUCAUUUCAAAAAUCUACCUUUUACAAAAACUCUUUAAAAAAAACUUGUCUUGUUUUUAGUGGAAACUGAACAACCAAAAAAUAAGAUCUGAGGAAACUAUAGGAAUAUACAGUAACAGCCCAUGUUGUUACAAACCAUGUUCCAGAACCCCCUGCCUGUUCUUCAUCUCCUCUGUAGCUUCUAGUCAACCAGCUGUCAGUCCUUCUAUUGCCCCCCCCCCCCCCCCCGUAGUAGCCUUGACCUGACCUGUAGCCUCUUUCUGCAGACGUUACAUGUCGCUCUGCCAGUCAACUCGUCCUCCCUCGGGAGCCUUCCUC